AUGUCUGAGAUUGACCUUGCAAGAGCUGUUGGGUUCCGGGAGGACGACCAUCCAGUUACAUGGAACAAGAGGGAUUUGUUGAUCUACGCAGUUGGCAUAGGGGCGAAGCAUAACGACUAUUCGUUGGUGAAUGAGCUUGACCAAUCAUGGGCGCCGUUUCCGACAUAUCCGGUGGUUCUCUCAUUCAAAGGUGUCGAGCAAGACGUCGUCGAUUUCAGGAAGCUGCUCACGGGAGGGAAGAAAGCCCCUGGCUUGCCAAAGUUUGACCCUAACCGUAUUGUGCACGCAUCCCAGUCCAUCGAAGUGUUGAAGCCUCUCCCUUCUGUCAGCGGGUCUGGCUGGAAGAUUCAGAGACGGAUAGUAUCUGUCAGCGAGAACAAGUCUGGCAUUAUCGUUGAUCAGGAGUCUGUGCUCGUGGACGGCCAGGGAACAGCCUAUGCAAAGCUCUACUCCUCCUCCUUCAACCUCGGCUCCAAAGCUACCGGGUCCAACUUCUCCAAGCGCAUCGCCGGUGCACCGCAGGCGAAGCCCAUCCCGAAGGACAGGAAGCCUGACUGGGUAGUUCGUGACCAGACCUCUCCUCAGCAGGCGAUUAUGUACCGACUCAGCGGGGACUACAAUGCGCUGCAUAUCGAUCCUCGUAUUGGACAGGCAGCGGGCUUCGGUGGUGUCAUCCUGCACGGCCUCUCUUCUUUCGGUUUCGCUGCGCGGGGGAUUCUAUCUGCGAUUGGUGGGAAUGACCCGCAUACGCUCAAAUACUUUGGUUUGCGCUUCACGUCGCCCGUCAAGCCCGGCGACGCACUGGAGACGUCGGUGUGGGAGGUCGGCCCUGGGCCCAAUGGUACAACAGAGGUCACGUUUGAGACCAAGAAUCUGAGUACCGGAAAGGUCUGUCUCGGUGCUGGCAUUGCGUACGUCAAGAAGGCAGAGAAGAGCAAGCUGUGA